UUGGAAACAACGACUCGCUUCUAUUUAUUCAAAACAACACAUUAGUAUUAUGUUUGCAAAUUCAAUAUAUCUUAUUUGCUCUUAAAGUUAGCUCAGUUAUAAUCAUAAUUAUCAUUUUUUUUAAUGGAGAACUUUUCGAAAGUGGAAAAAAUCGGAGAAGGAACAUAUGGAGUAGUAUAUAAGGCAAGAGACCGAGUAACUGGAAAAGAGAUUGCUUUAAAGAAAAUAAAACUUGAAAAUGAGCCGGAGGGUGUGCCAUCGACUGCGUUGCGUGAAAUAUCGGUGCUGCGCGAGCUGAAGCACCCGGCUGUUGUGCGCCUUUUAGAUGUGCUGCUGGUUGACUCCAAGUUGUUCCUUGUGUUUGAUCUCAAACGUCUUAUGGAUCUUACUAGUGGACCUUUAGAUUUAGAUCUAGUUAAGAGCUACCUGCGGCAGCUCCUGGAGGGAGUGGCGUACUGCCACGGGCAGCGCGUGCUGCACCGUGAUCUCAAACCGCAAAACCUGCUCGUGGACGCGGAGGGGCGCAUCAAGAUUGCGGACUUUGGGCUGGCGCGCGCCUUCGGCAUUCCGGUUCGCGCCUACACGCACGAGGUGGUCACGCUGUGGUACCGGGCGCCCGAGAUCCUGCUCGGUGCCAAGUUCUACUCCACGGCGGUGGAUGUAUGGAGUCUCGCCUGCAUUUACGCAGAAAUGGCGAGCGGGCGCACUCUGUUCCCGGGCGACAGCGAGAUCGACCAGUUAUUCCGCGUAUUCCGCGCGCUGGGCACGCCCGGCGAGACACUGUGGCCGGGCGCGCGCCAGCUGCCCGACUUCCGCGCCGCCUUCCCGCGCUGGCCGGCACGCCCCGCGCGCUCCCUGCUGCCCGAGGCGGCGCGCGCGCAGCCCCACGCCGCCGCGCUCUUCGAGGCCAUGCUGCGCUACGAGCCCGCGGAGCGCGUGCCGGCGCGUGCGGCCGCGGCCCACGCCUACCUGGCGGACGCGCGACUCGUGCCGCCGCGCCUACCGCCCGCGCCCACGCCCGCCUCUCCCGCGCCCACGUCAGACACGCUGCCCUAG